AUGGACCCUUCGCUUUGCGAUGUGAGCAUCUACGGCUCUCAAUCACGUACACUGACUAGCACUAUAUCGUCGAGUAUGACAUGUGUCGCCUCAAUGAAUUCAUCACCACCAGGUCUUAGCACUGCAGCAUGUACACGGGCAUUGUUCUCAACUUGUGCUAAAAUGGAUCCUUCGCUUUGCGAUGUGAGCAUCUACGGCUCUCAAUCACGUACACUGACUAGCACUAUAUCGUCGAGUAUGACAUGUGUCGCCUCAAUGAAUUCAUCACCACCAGGCCUUAGCACCGCAGAGCUGAUUGUCAUAAUAGCUGUGCCAUGUUUCUGUUUGACGGUGAUCUGUGUGGCUUGUGCAGUGGCCUGCUAUAAACGAGCCAAAUACCACGCUCAACAAUGGAGACGCUUUUGGCAGACACAUUCUGAGCACACACAUGAGGAUACGACCAUGACUUAUAGUAUGUCGCAUUUACCUCAUCCAGGCAGUUUGGUCAUGGCGAGUCACUAUAUGGAUGUUAGGAUAUUGGCUGAAGCUAACAGGAAGGACAACUGGGAAGUGUCGCUAACAAAUCUUACCAUACACGAAAAUGAAAUUCUUGGGAACGGAGCUUUCGCAGUCGUUCACAAAGCCACCUUGAGAGGGAAAAUUCCGCUUCUGGUCAUAAAUCCCCGCUUGAACUUAGUCAGUGAACACGAACAAGACAAUGGGACAACCGAGGCAGCCGUUAAACGUCUACCUGCACAUGCCAAUGAUCAGAAUCGUAUCGAUUUCUUCCAUGAGAUCAGUUUCAUGAAAAAUCUUGGUUAUCAUCCACAUGUGAUCAGCAUGUUGGGUUGCAUCUCAUGCACAGACACUCCAAUGAUUCUAGUGGAAUACUGCGAACAUGGCGACUUGUUACGGUUUCUAAGAAAACAUCGGGAUUUUAUUCUUAUGCACGAAAACGACGAAUGCCCGAUUGAUGCGGAACUCUGCCUUCGGAUCAAGGAUUUGGUUUCUAUCUCCUGGCAAGUUAGCGAUGGCCUUGCAUACCUAUCUUCGAAAAACUUCAUUCAUCGCGAUGUCGCCGCUCGUAAUGUACUGCUCACGAAGCACUUGGUUGCCAAGGUAAGCGACUUCGGCCUCGGCCGCUAUGCGGAUUCAGCCCUUUAUACGGCACGAGGCGGACGUCUGCCUUUCAAGUCCAUGGCAUUGGAGGCACUCAAAUACUACGAAUUUUCUGAAAAGACCGAUGUGUUGGUGAAACGAGCUACCUACUGGACCAAUGUCCUCAAAGCAAGCCAUCUGGAAUGGGCAUUCGCAAUUCUGCUAUUCGAGAUCUUCUCACUUGGCAGUGUACCAUACCCGACCGUUCAGCCAGUGGAUAUGAUAUCCUAUAUUGAACAAGGGAAUCGUCCACCUCAACCGGAGAAAUGUCCGAAUGAGAUAUUCUGGCAACUGGCGCCGCAAGGGCCAAUGCGUCAAGGUCAUCUGUGGACCAAAUACCGGCUGCGCCUAAUAAAUCCACUACCUCUGAAGUGGUCGAUAACAGAACUUCACACCCCAGACGAUGGCGAAUCGAAUGCGUUGGAAGGACUGGAUGACGCGGAUAAAACGACAGUUCUAGAAGACAUUGUUAUGGGACUGUCUCAAACGUUUGUUUCUUAA